AUGCGUUCCAAGCUCAUUGCAGCGGUGCUCAUCGCACCUGCUCUGAUCGGUGCUCUUCCGGUUGCGAACCCAGAUGCCAAAAUCGUUCUCAAUCUGGAUACUUUCUCUCCUCCGCAGCUCGUUGGCACUCCCAUGCCAGCCAAGCAUACUUCACCCCACCACUUCGCCGACGGGGUGACUGACGAAGGCUUGAAAAGAAUGAUGGGAGCCCGCGACAACAAAAUAGCUACCCCCAAGGAAGAAAUCAUUGUUCAUCCCUAUCGCCCAUUUGCCGAUCCCACUAAUGGGAAAGAGCGUGAGCACGUCGAACUCUUUGACGGUGACCGGAAGGUCCAUUCGAGAGGUUUCCGUCAGGAAGUGAGAAACGCCGACAACACGGAAAGACCCAACCCGAAUGACCAUUACUUGGGCCCGAAGAUCGGCACUCCCAUUAAUGCAAGAGCCAUCGACAACACUGGAAGUCUUCCGCACCCGAAUGGGCAUCUUCUCCCUCCGAAGAUCGGCACUCCUAUUGAUGCAAGAUACAUCGACAACACCGAAAAUCGUCUCCAUCCAGAUGACCAUCAUCCGGGCCUGGCUCCGAAGAUUGGCACUCCCAUCGAUGCGAGAGCCAUCGAUUACACCGAAAUUCUUCCGCGCCCGAAUGGCCACCUCCUCACCCCGAAGAUUGGCACUCCCAUCGAUGUGAGGGCCAUCGGCAACACCGAACGGCCUUAUUCCCAUGAUCAUCACCUGGCUCCGAAGAUUGGAACUCCCAUCAAUGCGAGAGCUAUCGAUUACGCCGAAAAUCGUCCGCGCCCGGAUGGACAUCUCCUACCCCCGAAGAUUGGCACUCCCAUCAGUGCGAGAGCCAUCGACAACGCUGAUAGACUGCCUCACCCAGAUGAUCAUCACUUGGGUCCUAAGAUCGGCACUCCCAUCGAUGCGAAGUCUGAAGAACCAAAAGAGUCUGAAGGUCUAGAAAUUCCAGUUGAUCUUCCGCUCCCCUCGAAUUAUGAUUAUGAAGAGUUUGAUGACCAAGAGGAAAUUCCGGUGGAGCUUCCUAUCUCUUCGGAUCAUUAUCCUGAUAAGUCUGAUGAAGUCGAGGAAAUUCCAGUGGAGCUUCCUAUUCCCUCGGAUUAUUAUCCUGGGAAGUCUGAUGACGUUGAGGAAAUGCCAGUGGAGCUUCCUAUUCCCUCGGAUUAUGAUUAUGAAGAGUUCGAUGACCAAGAAGAAAUGCCGGUUGAUCUUCCUAUUCUCUCGGAUUACAAUCCUGAGUCUUCGGAUUACGAGGAUUCUAGGUAUAUUCCUGCAACGCCUGGUGACAGAAAUAGCCGCCGUCCGGGUCGUCUUGCGGGACCUCCUUUUCCUUGUGCCGGGCCGCUACAAUUCAAUGGAACUGGCUUUAACACCACCAUCAAUGGGACUACAUUUAACAACACCACCAACGGGACUGCGGUAAAUAUCACCAGAUGCUUUGAGGAGGAUACCAGCGACUUCAACGAGGAUAACAGCAACUUCAAAGAGGAUACCAGCGACUUCGAAGAGGCUACCAGCGACCUUGAGGAACCUUCCGAGCCAACUUUAAGACGCAGAGAAUCUAAGGAUGCUGCUAUGCCUGAACUCGUGCAAGCUUUUGAAACACGUAGAAAAGAAAAUGCCGAGAAAAAAGCUGCCAAGGAUAAGGCUUCCAAGGAAAAGGCCGACAAGGAGAGAGCAAAAGAAGCCGCCAAGGUAGAAGCCGCGAAGGCCAGACAGGCCGAGGAAAAGGCGUCCAGGGAAGAAUUUGAGAAACAGAAGGCAGAGGGUCGGUAUACAAAGGAUUUCGAGGCCUGGAAGAAGCAGAUAUGGGAGAGAAAGUCCAAAGAGGCAGAUGCCAAAGCGAAGAAUCCCCACGUUCCCGUCUUCGCCAACCCCAAAGCCAAAUCCAAAGCCGUUUCUAAUAUCGAGGAAUACGCCCCCGAGUUUUUCGAUUACUUGAAAGAUCCGUUCAAGACUCCGUCUCCCUUUGAGCAAGAUAAGGCGUGGUCCGAAGACCUGAUCAAAAAGAUCGGCAAACCGAGACACCCGCUUUACUGGGCCCAGCGUGGCGUUGAAAACAUCGAACCCCCCAAGCGGGAGCCCGGUCACGAAUGGCCCGAAGCUCGCCAUCCGGUGGACGUUAUCGACAAAGACAAACCAGAGACAGGGUUUAGCCAGGGUGAUGGCUGGAAGACCGAUUACUUUCAGAACGGCGUCUGGGGCCAGCCAAGAGUGCCGAAGGAGCGCAAGCCGUACUGGACCGCCGACGGAAAUCCAGUGUAUUAGGGGACUACAGAUUGGAUAGCAAGAUAUGAUUUGGGUUUUGGAUUUUUUGUGUUUUGGAUUUUGGAUUUUUAUUUGGGACUUGCUUCUACACAAGGAAUAUUGGCACUUCAGUGCCCAGCGAUUAUAUUUUACUACACAAUGCUCAAGAUUUGAUUUUUUGGAAUUGUUGCGUUUUGAAUUUUCAUUUGGGACUUAAAUUCUACACAAGGAAUAUUGGCACUUCAGUGCCCAGCGAUUAUAUUGUACUGCGCAAUGCUUUUCAGUGUUCGGCACGGAUACCAAUAUACCCGUGGUAUCCGGGUAUAUCCUCGAGUAUAUACCUACCCGGCAAUAUUUGAAGAGUAUCCGGCGUAUCCGGAUACUCUCGAGUAUAUAUCCGGAUACAUGCCAAGAGUAGCCAAGCAUAGCUAAGGCUUCUUUUACAG